AUGGCGGACGGCGGAGGAGGAGAAGGAGGGCCUCCUGCGGCGGCGGCGGCGAAGCUCAAGGACCAGGGGAAUGAGCAGUUCAAGGCGGGGAGCUACCUCAAGGCCGCCGCGCUCUACACGCAGGCCAUCAAGCUCGACCCCGACAACGCCACCCUCUACAGCAACCGAGCUGCAGCAUUCCUGCAGUUGGUUAAGCUUAGCAAAGCACUUGCUGAUGCAGAGACAACAGUCAAGUUGAAACCACAGUGGGAGAAGGGUCAUUUCAGGAAAGGUUGUGUUUUGGAGGCAAUGGAGCGCUAUGAAGAGGCAAUAGCUGCAUUUCAGAUAGCUUUGCAGCACAAUUCACAAAAUGCAGAAGUCUCAAGAAAAAUCAAGAGGCUUUCUCAGUUGGCCAGGGAAAAGAAGCGAGCCCUUGAUGUAGAGAACAUGCGUUCAAAUGUUGACAUUGCAAAGAACUUAGAAUCACUGAAGACUGAGUUGGCUGCAAAGUAUGGAGAUGCAGAAACAGGGCAGAGUAUCUUUUCUUUCAUUGUAAAUGUGAUAGAAUCAGCAAUAAAGGUUUGGCAUGACACAGGAAAUGUAGAUCCAAGGGUCAAUUUUCUUCUCGAUCAGAAGACUGAUACUGAAAAAUAUGCCCCAGUAGUUAACAUUGACAAGGUCUGGAAAGGGCAAGGAUCCAGAAAGUGGAAGCUUGACCAGAGUGACGGGUUCUUUGUGCAAUUUGAGUCACCAGCUCUGAGGAAGAUAUGGUUUGUGCCUAGCACAAAAGAGAAGGGACGAACAUUGUGCAGGAGCCCUGAGGCCUUGGACAUCGGCAUCCAUGAAGUCCUCCCCCGUAUAUUCAAGGAAGCAGCAGCUUAA